GCUGAUUCACCUUCAGGCUGCGGUCUACCCCGCCUGUAAGAGGGAAAAGUCAACACGCGCGCCCUACGGCCGAGCUCGUAAACUGCGUUAGUAGAUGAGGCAGAAGCGGGCAACAAUCUGUCAUAUUGGCUCGAGUUUAACCGACCGUUGUCCCCAAAACCGUUAUAUUAAGCUUAGGUAAGGGACGUGGUAUCAAGGUUUCCCAAGUUAUCCAAACUGUCAAUGCGCGGUCGCUUUCCAGAGUCUUGUGGUUGCCAUACGUGACCGGCGGGUGUCAGAUAAACGGGUUUAUAUCGCAUUUCUGGAUGGAUUCUACCGCAACUAAGCAGCUUUGUGAACUCCUUUCAUCAUGGGCCCAGGUUUAGAGACGAUCAAGAAUUUCUCGAAUCGGCUCACUCGUUUUAGACACCACAGAAAUCAAGAGACUACCGACGAUAACCACAACAGCAAGGAGUCAUCUCUGAAUCUGAAUCAAGCACCGGCCUCGGCUUCGACUUCGCUAGCCGCGAACCAGGCCCACUCUAAGAAAGCUCUGGGAGCGUUCCCCUCAGCAUCCCCCCAUACGCCAUCUACGACGCCUUCAAGUCAAGGGCCCGGCUUAUCGCAGCCGUCGAAACUACCGCCUAUGGCAGAGAACAAGCCAGGACCCCCUAACAUGGCAUCCUCUUCAUUUUUCCCUGGGUCGUCGAAGACUUUUCCCGCCACUAAAGCAGCUUUUGGCGAAAACUUGCAUAAGUCUACGUCAAAGGGACAGAGCUUCAACGGCAAUGGCCAGAAAGGCAACCUCGGUAGUCGAUUUAACCCUAUCGACUUAACCGAAACUUCGACUACUCAUCCGACUCAUAGUACUUUUCAGGUCCCCGACUAUUCCGAGUCUUCCCAAGGACCUUUCGGGACGACUAAGCCUGGACAUCCAACGCUUUCGUGGUGUCCAGCCCCCCCGACCAAUCCGCACCAUCCACCCCACUCUUAUCCUGCAGUCCCGUCGAUGCCAAACCAAUUUCAUCCGGGCGCCCCGUGGGAAUUCAUGGACCAACUCCCAGAUGGUGUAAUCCCGCACCCCGCGCCCGACUUCCCGUUCACGCAGGAAUUAUGGGCCUCGUCUAUGUUAGAUCAUUUGUUCGCGCAGCAACAGCCGUUCGGUGGUUAUCUCCAACCACCGGGACAAGCCGUCGGCCAGAACGCUUCGGCCGAGAAGAUGCCCGCUCAGCAUAUGGGCGUGCAGUGGGGCUUAUCAGGAUACAACGCGGCUUUCCCAAUUCCCUCGCCUGAGCUGCCGAGGGAAACCGAGGCCGAGAAGAUGGCGAUCGACGUCGAAAGUCCCGGAAACAGUAGCGAAUCAUCAGCAGAUCUAGAACGGUCUCCGGAGGAUAUAGCUGCGAUCGGUUUGGCUGUGAAAGAGCUGGAGCCCUUGCAAGAAUUCGUUCGCGGGUGCCUUAGGCAAACGUGUACUAGGUGUACGAGGAAUCUUAAGAGCGUGCCCAAGCCCAUGGAGUCUACGGACGUUGUGAAGAUGACUACGGGAUGGACCAAGGCCGGAGGAAAGGUGCUGCUAGGUGCUGCGUGCCAGAACGUAUUUUGCACGGCGUCGACGUGUCUCGGUUGUGGGAAAGCGAUCUCCUCUGUCGGGAUGAACGGGUCGAGUGCUGAGCUUAAUGUCUCCGGAACGAAGAUCACCGUGAGCUGGUGCUGCGAUGCUGGACGACUUGCCGCAAUCUGGGCUCUCGCCUGCGGUUGGGACGCCCCGAGUUGGAAGUCUCGAACUGUGAGCCGCGUAGUUAGCAAGGUCCGAGAACGAGCCAACACCAAAUCUGCCGCGGUGCAGUGUGCGCUGGAGCCGUCGCAUCCCCAAGCCAACGCUAGAGGAGUUGGCUACGGUGGUGGGCGACUAGAGUACUUCCCGUUUCCCAAUCUCCCCUACCUCCACCCGCGAUCGCGUACCCGCCCUACACCUAAAAAGCCGGUAGAUAUUCAAGAGUGUCUCUUACACGAAGCCUAUUUCCGGAUCGUGACUGUGCUACUUCCGUCUUGCACGCGGACAAACCCCCUCGACGUUUCGCCGCCUACCUUCUUCGCACAUAUGCUUUCACGCAGCCCCCUGAUGGAAAAGGCUGCGGCGAUGCUGAGCAACGACUCUAUCGACGAGGUUGCUCGUCAGUACCAGGUUCAUGACGCCGUGCUGAACUUUUUCGAUGCUCUAGGAACCCACCCGGCAACAGCGCAGCUAGUGUAUAACGACCGCUGCCUGUAUCAUCCGAAAGGCGGGAGUCUGUUGGAGGUCUCAGUCGGUCCUAUCAAAAACAAGGGCAGGAUCCUCGUCAAGGACACCGGCAAAUCUCUGCUCGCGUUGAUGGACAAGCUGGCGGCUCAGUCCAUGACGGUUCUCCGACAUGCUAAGACUAACCGUGCCGAGUUCCAGAGCAGAGAGGGAACGGACAUGCUAAACAUUAGCGAGCGAAUUAGCCAGCUCUCCACGCAGCACGAGGCUAAUAUGCAACGGCUCCGAACUACGAUGGAGAUAAGCGAAGACAAACCAGAGGUCAACUUUACCGAAUGGCACCGCGAGAAUUGCGUCAGCAAUGUCGAAGACGAGAUCGUCAUGCGAGACUUCUCGUGCGCACAAAACGCAAGACAUGCGAUCCCGGCCCGUGGACGUAUGAAGAGGUUGAUCACGGAGCUAUCGACGCUGCAAACAUCGCUGCCAGAGGGAAUUUUCAUCUGCCACGGAUCUUCCCGACUCGACAUCAUGAAGGUGUUGAUUAUCGGACCCAAACAAACCCCUUACGAGCACGGUCUGUUCGAGUUUGACUUAUAUUGCCCCCUAGAUUAUCCCAACUCGCCGCCCUUGAUGAAGUUCAAGACUACGAACGGUGGUAAGAUUCGUUUCAAUCCGAACUUGUACGAAGAUGGCAAAAUAUGCCUUUCCCUGCUUGGCACGUGGGCCGGUGAGCCGUGGAGAGCCGACCAGUCCACUCUACUCCAGGUCCUUGUCAGCAUCCAGUCCAUGAUACUCUGCGAGCAGCCAUGGUACAACGAGCCGGGCCGGGAGGAAACGGAAAACAAGACACAGUCGGUCAGGUAUAACAACGAGAUACGAGCCUGGACUAUGAAGCACGCUAUUCUGCCAUGGAUAAAUGCCGUCGGCGCGAAAGACACGGUCCCGAACAGCGACGCUUCCGCAGCAGUGACCUCCGUCUGGCAGGAAACAGCCCGACUGUACUUACAGGCGAACGCGAAAGAUAUCUUGCAUUCGUCCAAGCAAGCAUGCUCCAAGUCGAAGAAAAGCGCGUUGCAGACUAAUACCACACUUGUCGGCACCGCUCUUCAGACUCAGGGAUAUUUAGAUUAGAAUAACCGAGGUACUCCCAACGAAGGGCCAAGACGAGUUGAGGUACAUGGUCUAAAAGGCACUGGCAUACGGUGCGAGAUUUUGGAAUCUGGAAGACUCCCUUCUCUUACGAAUCCCAUCCAUCCGAUUGGCGAAACUACGGCACAAGCUUCACCCUGAAUUCAGCC